GAAUCAAGGGAAAUGUGUAGAGGGCAUGGUGGAAAUCUUUGACAUGCUGCUGGCUACUGCUGCUCGGUUUCGCAUGAUGAACCUUCAAGGGGAGGAAUUUGUGUGCCUUAAGUCCAUCAUCCUGCUCAAUUCUGGUGUGUACACUUUUCUUUCCAGCACCUUGAAAUCUCUGGAAGAGAAAGACUACAUUCACCGUGUCCUGGACAAAAUUACAGACACUCUGAUACAUUUGAUGGCUAAGUCAGGUCUUUCUCUGCAGCAGCAACACAGACGACUAGCUCAGCUCCUCCUCAUCCUCUCUCACAUCAGACACAUGAGCAACAAAGGAAUGGAGCACCUGUAUAACAUGAAGUGUAAAAAUGUAGUUCCACUCUAUGAUCUCUUGCUGGAGAUGUUGGACGCUCAUCGACUGCAUGCCCCGGCAGCCAGGAGUGCUGCACCGAUGGAAGAGGAGAACCAGAGCCAGCUGACAACUGCAUCAGCUUCAUCUCAUUCCAUGCAGUCUUUUUAUAUAGGCAAAGAAGAGGAGAAAGUGAGUGCAGAAUACAAUAUAACCAAAAGUCAGCAGAUAUGA